UUUUGGCCGACCAGAUUGUCAUGUUGAUGUGCGUGAAGGUGAUAGCAUGGGCUUUGACGAGUGUAGCCUACGCGUCCGUGUCCCUAGACGGGUGCCCGUGGCCACCCGACCCACCUGCAUCAGACCCUCCUCUGUGUCUGCGCUACUCGAACGGCACGUCGAUUGCGGUGAACGGCACGCGCUUUAGUCCGCGCCGCGACGUGUUGUGGAACCUCACUCAUCAACACAUCUCCGCCGUCAACGAGUUCCCACGGUCCGACAACAACGACACUCUCUACAUAAACCUAGCACACAACAACAUCACUCGCCUUUCCGGACAAGGACCAAGCGCCGCCACGACUAGUUUGAACUUGAGUCACAACCCAUUGACCGUCAAUUGGUUGCACGCGCCCCUUCCCGUGUCCGAGUUGGAUGUCAGCUACACCACCCCCGACGGACUUAGUUGGUUUGCAGACACGGCGUGGGCCCGUUAUUUGCCGCAACUGACCAACUUAAUAUUCCGGAGCAAUCGACUCGUUCACCUGUCGCUCUCGUCAGCCACGCUGCCCCAAACCGUCAAGCACCUGGACCUUCGGGACAACCCAGCGUUGAUGGUCACUAUCACGGACUGCGAUACACUGGCGCGGGUGCAGUCUAGCUGGCUCACACUGCGCUUGGACUCUAUGGUUGACGCCAACAAAGCUAGCGUGGGGUGCACGAACGGUACGCUGCAAAGUGUGGCCGACGCAUUCGUGUGCUUGGUGGCAACCUGCCACCCAGCGAUGGCUUCCAGAGCGCCCUUCCCCGUAGUGACCCCCAAGGCGUCGCCAGGGGUUGUCAAAGGUAUACAUUCUACUAUACGUGCAAAGGUACAAUUGUGAUAUAAGAUUGCUACUGGCUUAGACAAGUGGACCGGGCUAGGGCUCGCGCUCGGGAUGCUCAACUUGACCGUGUUUGUGUUUGUGGGGGUUGUGAUUGUGCGACGACGUUGCCAAGAGCGACAGGAGACUCGUCAGAGAAAUACAGUGUGCUCGUCGCCAGGCAACUCGGAGGGGUCGGGGUGGCACCGCCAUUAAUGAAUUCAGCCUCGCCCGUUGUGUGUAGUAGUAGUAAUGAGACUAGUAUGUCACUACUCGUUAAAAUAAAGCAAGUCGAUGUCUA